CCAGAGGGCAGUGCAGUGAGGUCAGAGCACAUCACUAUGAAAACGAAUCAUUUAGUCCCUUUAUGACAUCUCGCAACAGUUAGUCCCUUUCGCUGCCCCGGAAUAUCGGCCGUACGUGACAAAUUUUCGUCGGUACCACUCGCCGGCGGUGUUCUCCUUGCUAUUAAUUUGCUAAGUAGAGCAAGGAGGGAUUGAAUUUGAAACAUCAAUGGGGGAUGAAAAGGACGCUUUUUACGUCGUUCGCAAAGGCGAUGUCAUAGGGGUCUACAAGAGCUUAAGUGAUCUCCAGGCCCUAAUCCGGUCCUGCGUUGGUGAGCCUUCCAUAAGUGUAUUUAAAGGGUAUUGCCUGGCAAAAGAAUCUGAAGAGUAUCUUGGUUCUCAUGGGCUUAAGAAUGCAAUGUACUCUAUUGACUCAAGUGAUGUUCGAGAUGAUCUGUUUGGCAUACUCAUACCCUGCCCUUUCCGGCAACCAGGUUCUUCCAAAGAUAAAACUGUCAGCAAGGAUUUUCAGGAGAAAAGGUUGCAGGAAAUGGCUGGAUCUGCUUCAUUUUCAGCAGCCACUCAACAAAAACAUGCAAAGUUGGAUAAUUUCCUUGAAGUCCCACCACUGUCUUCCUAUUGUUGUUCAUGUAUUCUUGAGUUUGAUGGUGCUUCAAAGGGAAAUCCUGGACCUGCUGGUGCUGGGGCUGUCCUGCGAGCUGCAGAUGGAAGUAUGGUUUUCCGAUUACGUGAAGGUGUGGGAGUUGCAACCAACAAUGUUGCUGAAUACAGAGGUGUAAUCUUAGGAUUGAAGUAUGCUCUUGAAAAAGGCUUUAAACACAUACGUGUCCAAGGAGACUCAAAGCUCGUCUGCAUGCAGGCUCAGGGACUCUGGAAAACCAAGAAUCAGAACAUGGCUGAACUAUGCAAGGUUGUCAAAGAGCUUAAGGAUCAAUUUAUGUCCUUCCAGAUCUCCCAUGUUGAAAGAGAAUACAAUACUGAAGCUGAUGCGCAGGCAAAUCUAGCUGUGUAUCUUAAGAAUGGUGAAACACAAGCGGAGUGUGACAUGAAGUAGCCAAGAUGCGUAGCCCCUAAUGACUCUCAUGUUUUUUUUUUGGGAGGAUAAGUGGUCCCCCAACACUUUUGAACAUGAUCUUCUAGAUCAAGUGUAGAUAUAUCACCGGAACGAUAUGCUAUAUAUGUAACAAGAUUGCAAAAUCUAGUGUUACAAUCUGUGUAUUAUAGCAUUAGGAUGCUCUGUUCUUGAAACCAACAAGAUAGUUAAUUGUUAAUGGAGAUUUUAGUAUUAUCUUCA